AUGGCAACGGCAGCAUCCACCGGCAACGGCAGCACCAAUGUUGUCCGCAAGGUUGCGUACAUCUUCAAUCCGUCUGACGAUGAGGACGAGGAGGCGGAGGGGGAGAGCAGCGGCGGCCAGCAGCCGGCCACGCCAUCCCGUCGUGGCGGCCGCAAGCAUCGUCGCCGAGAUAGUGGUGAGCAGGCGACCGGCCGAGCGAUGAAGAAGAAGCAGCGGACUGCAGACACGGCGAACAUGGCGAACACGACGAACACGCUCGAGACCUUUCCGACGCUGCUGCAGGGCCGCGAGACGGCCGAGGCGGUGGUGCUGCGGCAGCGGCUCUUUGCGGCCACGUGGGCCGAUCUGGACGGACGCAUCCAUGAGGUGCUGCAGCGGUCGAACCGGGUGACGCUGGACGCCAUCACGGACUUUAUCGAGCAGCCGAGUGGAACCAAGCUGCCGGCCGCGUUUGUCAUCCUGGGGCCGGCGGCGACGAGCGACAUGCUGCUCUUCCGCCAGCUGGCGGCGUCCUCACGGGCAGCAGACGACAGCGAGGCCCGCAUCCGCCGCAUGGUGCGGCUACGCGCAGCCGAGGCGCCCAACCUGCGGGCAGCGCUCAAGGCGAUCGUGCAAGAGGUGACGGCCACGGCGGCCGAGACCGACGGCCGAGAAACGUAUCUCGCGUACGACCUCGAGGCAGUCUACGCCUUCGUCCGCGGCCGUGAUGCCCGGAUCAUCGUCACGUUCGAAGACAGCGAGGCGUUUGACAGCAACAUUCUGGCCGAUCUCCUGGGCUAUCUGCACUCCUGGCUGGACCGCAUCCCGUUUGUCCUUCUCUUUGGCGUGGCCACCUCGAUCGACCUCUUCCAGGCACGUCUGCCCAAGACGGCGGCCCACCGGCUCGCCGCAGCCCAAUUUGAUGUGGCGCCGUCGUCGUCGGUGCUGGACCAGCUGGUGCGGCGCGCCGUCGCGGCCGCCAACGUGCCGCUACGCAUCGGACCCAAUCUGCUGCGCAGCCUGGCCGAACGGCAGGACGAGCAGGUCGCCGGCGUGUCUGUCUUUGUCAACUCGCUCAAGUAUGCGUACAUGUGCUACUUUUAUGCCAACCCGCUGAGCGUGUUUCUGAGCAACGAAGCCUCCACCUUCCUUGAGCAGCAAGACUACGUCGACGCUCUCCGCGAGCUGCCCUCCUUCCGGCACCAUAUCGAGAGCUCACUGGGGAGCUGCCCGUCGACCGAGCUGGUGGCGCUCCUCACCGACGACGCCGUCUUCCGGCAGAACGUCGCCCGGCAGGCAGACCUUCUUCGGCAUUGGACCACGCGGCUGCUGCGGGCCGUCCACUUGGCAUCAGCCAGCGGCGCCUUUGCCGACAUGUCCUUUACGGAGCUGUACAUUGCCGCGCUCGAGGGCGGAGGUGGGGGUGGAAGCGGCAGCGGCACGACGACCGAGGAUUCCAUCGCGGCCACACUCACGGCUGCCAUUCGGCGCAUGUCGUCCGCCGAGCUGGUGGCCCUGGCGCGACGACUGGCCGAGGCUGUCCGGAGCGGUGAUGAGGAGCUAGCACUGGUACCGGCAGCCGAGGAGGAGGACACCGACAGCUGGAGCACGCUGGCACCAAAGCUAAUCAAGAUUGCAGACGAGGUCGAGGCCCUGCAGCGCAAGGUCGAGGCCAGCGGCGGCCAGAGCCGAAUGCGGGGCGGUGGCAGCAAGACCACGCAGCUGCGCAGCCGAUACACGGCGCAGAGCAAGGUGCUGCGGACGACGGUGGUGGCCCAAAAGGUGCAGCUGAGCCGCGACUCGGCCGCGCUCACGGCAGAGGACCAGGCCUUUACAGAGCUGGUGGACCGGACAGCCGACCUGGUGGUGGCCGAGAUGGACGCCGAGGCAGCAGAGCCGCGGGAGGCGAGAGGCGCGAGAGAGGCCAAACCAGCAACGCCACCGGCCUCUGCCCUCUGGCUGCAGGAGGUCUGGCUGUACGAUGCCCGGACGCCGUAUCGGGACGUGUUCAUUCCACGGCCGGUGCUGGUGCUGGAGCGGGCACUGUCGCGGCCGCACGACUAUCUCGCCUGCCAGUGCUGCGGCGGAGACGAGUCCCGGAAGCGGGCAGAGCGGUCCGGCGCCGGAAGCAUCCGGCCAACGCUGCCGCCGACGGCCAUCCUGUACCAGCUCUACCGUGAGGCUGGCACGCUGAUCAACGUGGCCGAUCUCUGGGCGGCCUUCCAGAUGGCCGUGAGCAGCAGCGGCGGCGGCGGCGGCGAGGCCGAGGAGACAGAAGGCGGGGCGGAUGAGAGGGAACGCCGGCUUCUGGUGCAGUUCUACCACGGCCUGGCCGAGCUCAAGGCUCUGGGCUUUGUCAAAGCAACAAGGAAAAAGGUGGAUCACGUGGCCAAGGUGAAGUGGUUGUAA